AAAGGUGCCUUCAACCGAAGCACCACGAAGACUGUGGCGUGUCAUGCCCAAUUUGUGGAAGACUGCACAAUGUGCUGCUGUGCCCCAACAGAGGACAAAACGGCCCUUACAAACGUCGGAAGAACUAAUCCAGCCCCAACCUCGAGCUCGCUCAUCAUCUAUGCAAAGUUUCAAAGUCCGAUCUUCUCCAGUCCGUCAAGCCCAAAACUCCACCGCAACUACGUAUCUUCCAUCCUCGUCUCAAGACUACACCCAGUUCGUCAAGCCCAACUCCACCGCAACAACGUCCUCCACUCCUCCACUCGUCAUCGUCUCAACAUCGCAUCCCACCUUCGGCCGCUCAACAAGUGAGUUCUAA